CACCUUUGUUGCGGAUCAUUACUCAGAUUGCCGGCCACGCAGAACCAUGGAUUCAUCUCAAAGCCAUUUUCUCAAACUGGCCCCUGAAAGGGAGCUGGAGUUCCGACGCCCAUUCACUCAUGUGGUCAAGCAAAGUCUUAUAGUAUCCAACAUCCACCCCGAGUCUCCCGUUGCUUUCAAAGUGAAGACUACCGCUCCCAAGCAGUACUGUGUCAGACCUAACAGUGGGCGUAUCCCUCCAGGCGCCUCGGUAGAGGUGCAAGUCCUUUUGCAGGCAAUGAAGGAGGAUCCGCCGGCGGAUGCAAAGAGCAAAGACAAAUUUCUUGUUCAAGGCAUAAAGAUUCCCGCAGAUCUCAUGGUUGCAGAGGGAGAUCAGUUUACUAACAGGCUUCAAGAGUUAUGGCUUCAAGCGGAGCAACUCAAGAAGAGCAGCCCUGAAGCGGCCAGUCAUGUUCUGGUGGAGAGAAAGCUGAGGUGUGUGUUCCUGCCCGCAGAUCAGGAGCAAGGACAUCGACGGCAGGAGUCUUCCAUGUCGAAUACCUCUACUAGCGUAUCCCGACAACCGAGCACCAAACAAGAAUUCACAGACGCGAACACCACAUCGCCACGCUCUUCUCUCUCCCUCCAGUCCCCGCCGCAGCUGCCAUCACCACCUCCGUCUGCAGCUGAGCCCAGCCCUUCUGUACAGCCUGUGAGCAUUGGACGUAGCGACCAAGUUCGCCCUACACCGCCCCCAGCUGUGCGUUCCGGCAAUCUGAGUCGUGCAGAUGACGCCAAGACUGUGGACCUGGUAGACAAGGAGCUUACUGAUGCGCGGGAGAAGGUCAAAGCUUUGCAGGCAGCCUGUGAAGGGUACAAGGCCGAAGUUGAGCGAUUGAACCUUCUGCGGCGGCGAAAAGAAGGAGCGUCAGCGGAGGUGCAUUCAGGUGGAGGGUCAAAAGAGAACGCAUCGCCCGCUCUGAUUCACGUGCAGCAGGGAUUGUCAAUCCAGAUGUUGGCAGCGAUUGCGGUCAUAGCAUUUUUGAUCGGGGUGAUUUUCUUUUAAUAAGUAUUUUCGGGAUUUUGGGCCAAUGUGUCAGCACUGUUAUUAUCCAUAUAUUAAAGCAGUUGGUAUAGGCAACAAAAUGAUUAGUGAUAGUUUCUAAGACUACGACAUUACGCCUUCUUGGCUCUCUCCAAAAUCCAGUCGAUGUAAAACUUGAUAAUUUCAUCCUUCUCCGGUUCGUUGUGCA